AUGCGUACAGCAAGACCCCAGCUCCCCUCCAUUCUCUUCGCGCUAUGCACCGUCGCAACGGCGGCGGCGCGCAUAGAUCGCCACGCCAUCGUCUCGCGCUACAACCCCAUUCGGACCGCGUCUAGCACGAGCACCCCCAUGCAGGUUGGGAACGGCCACUUCGCGUUCGGGGCGGAUGUCACCGGGCUGCAGACCUUCCUCCCGUGGGCGACCAUGUCCGACUGGGGCUGGAAGAACGACUCGCUGCCCGAGGGGACGACGCAGGCGGACGUGGACGCGUACAGGGGCGUGGUGUGGGACGGCGUGCAGUAUAUGUUCGGGGGCCCGCAGCCGAUGCAGCAGUGGAUGAUCUCGAAUCCGAACAGGGUGAACUUGGGCAGGGUGGGGCUGCUGUUCUUGGACGGGCACGGAGCCGCAGUGGACGUGACAGAGGGCGAGUUGGCGGGGACGCGGCAGGUGUUGGACCUGUGGACGGGCACGAUCACGAGCAGCUUCCGGUGGCAGGGCGAGAGCGUCACGGUGCAGACGGUCUCUGCGCAAAGCAGCGAUGUAGUCGGCGUUACAGUCACCUCUCCGCUCGUCCAGCAGGGUCGGCUCGGGAUCUUCCUCGACUUUCCGUGGAACGACGGCACGUCAAAGUUCGAGGCGCCCUUCGUCGGCGUGUGGAAUGCGACGGCCAACCACACGACGACACUCACGACGGGGAAGGGGUUAGGACAAAACGUCGACGCGGUUGUCGCGCACACCUUGGUCAACAGCACGUUCUUGACCUAUGUUGGGGGCGGUAGUAGCUUCGCCAUCUCGCGGGUGUCCCCAGAAGAGCAUCGCUACAACAUCGUUCCGCGUCGGCCGGCUAAGUCGUUCUCCAUUGCAAUAGCGUACGCCCCGGGAUCCAUUCCGGCGCUGCCGACGGUGAGCAGCAUACGCCGCGAGUCGACGAAGACGUGGGAGUCGUUCUGGUCCGACCAUGGGUUUGUUGACGUCGUAACCGGGUCGAGCAACUCGAGCGCGAACGAGCUCCAGCGACGCAUCAUCCUCUCGCAGUACUUGCUGCGCGUCAACGAGGCUGGGGAUAAUCCCCCGCAGGAGUCGGGCUUGGUAAACAACGGCUGGUACGGCAAGUUCCACAUGGAGAUGUUCUUCUGGCACAGCGCGCACUGGGCACUCUGGAACAACUGGGAUCUCCUCGACCGCGCAACCGGCUCCUAUGCUCGAUUCCUCUCCACCUCCCUCCAACGCGCCCAAGUCCAAGAAGGCUAUUCCGCCGGAGCGCGCUGGUCGAAGAUGACAGACCCGUCCGGGCGCUCCGCCCCAGGACAGAUCAACGAGCUGCUCAUCUGGCAGCAGCCGCACCCGCUCGUGUUCGCCGAGUACGAGUACCGCGCGACGCGCUCGCGGACGACGCUCGAGAAGUGGCGGGACGUCGUGCGCGCGACGGCGGACUGGAUGGAGGUGUACGCGACGCGGAACGAGAGCACGGGGCUCUUCGACCUGGGGCCGCCGAUGUACGUUGUGGCGGAGGACACGGCGCCGAACGCGACGCGGAACCCGGCGUUCGAGCUCGCGUAUUGGCGCUUUGGGCUCGGGCACGCGAGCACGUGGAUGGAGAGGCUGGGCGAGCGCGUGCCGAGCGCGUGGACGGAGGUGCGAGAGAACCUCGCGCCGCUCCCGAUCGAGAACGGGCUGUAUGCGGUGUACGAAGGGAUCCCGAGCGACUUUUGGGACACGCCGGCGUACACGAACGACCACCCUGCGCUCGUCGGGUUGUACGGAUGGUUGCCGCAGACGGCCAACGUGAGCCUCGACAUCGCGAAGGCGACCGCAGAGAAGGUCUGGACGACCUGGAACAUCAGCAAUUGCUGGGGAUGGGACUUCCCAAUGCUAGCGAUGUCCGCGGCGCGCAACGGGGAGACAGAGAAGGCCAUCGACUGGCUUCUCCACCCAUUGUUCGAAUUCGACGAUAUUGGGAUGCCGGUCGGCGGAGUGCGAGUUCCGACGCCCUAUUUCCCGGGAUCGGGAGCUCUGCUGUAUGCGAUUGCAAUGAUGGCAGAAGGAUGGGACGGGAGCAAUGGCACUGCUCCUGGCUUUCCUCAAGAAGGCUGGGAGGUGCGAGUGGAGGGUAUCAGUAAAUCAUUGUAA